AUGGACACCUCGAGGUGCGCGGACUACGUCGACAAAUUCAAGGAAGAGGUUGCCAACCGCAUGAAGGAGUACAGAAUCGCACUCUUGCAACACAUGAAGAGCGAGUCGGCGCGUUCCAUGAAUGAACGGCUGCAGAGCAUGCUCUUGCAGGAGAACGCCAUGGCCCGCUCGGUACAGAAGAUCAUGAUCGACGAGCUUAUGGCAGUUUUCCGCGAGACUUUCACUAAUAACUCCAAGCUUCAGGACGCCGCAAUCACUGCCGCCAUUGCAGAAGUUGCAGGUGAAACCGUAAAACGCGACCCUGUUUCCACCUUCUUCAACGACGGGCUGGCGUCCUUCCGCAGCGACAAACCUUCGGAAAUUGUUAAACGUUGCACCGCCGCAUUCGAAGCGCGCGAGAAGGAAUUCUUGGACGCAUUCAGCAUCGGAGAAGCCGAGGCUGCGGAGGUCGGCGCCCUGGCCAAGCAGUGCCAGGACGGCAACGGCAUGGACCUAACGCGCCUCUCCGAGGAGCAGCUGCAGCGCGCUCAGAAGCUGUUCGACACAUUCAACCACAGGUUUGGUUAUUAUGUCCCCAGCGUCCCAGGCACUGUGGGCGCAAUGGCCAAAGAGGGUGAAGCCUUCAUCGACGAGGUCAACAAAGAGGUGAGCCUGUAUGCCCAGGAAAUCAAUCGUUCGCGGCUCGGUGCAUUUUUGCGUGCCUUCGCCUAG